UCUUCUUUCUUUCUUUUUCUUCUUAAGUCCUGACACAAAGCUAUUCUAGUAUCUUACACCAAAUUUCAUAAACAAAUUGUACUAUUCUUCCAAGAUUUUGUUCAAUCCUUCAAAACCAAACAAAAAAAAAUAAUAAUUACCAACUCCCAAUAAAAAUAAUUUUUACUACAAACUUUCUGAAUUAUUCAAUGGCUAUAGUAUUUGUGGCUUUGUUCUGCUUGUGUUCUUGUUCAUCAGCUCUGCUCACACCUAAUGGUGUCAACUUUGAAGUGCAAGCAUUAAUGGAAAUAAAGAAGGCUUUGAGUGAUCCUCAUGGAGUUCUUAACUGGGAUGAAAACUCUGUUGAUCCAUGUGGCUGGACUAUGAUUGGUUGUUCUCAUGAUAAUCUUGUUAUUACACUCGCAAUACCAAGCCAAAGUUUAUCGGGGACGAUAUCGCGAAGUAUCGGAAACUUGACACACCUCACAAGUGUACUAUUGCAGGAUAAUAAUAUAUCAGGGGCAAUACCGUCUGAGUUGGGAAAAUUACAAAAACUUCAAGAACUUGAUCUUUCUGAUAAUUUGCUUACUGGAGAAAUACCAUCUUCUCUAUCUCAAUUGAGAAGCCUCCAGUACAUGAGGUUGAACAAUAAUAGCCUUGGUGGAGUUGUUCCUUUGUCUUUGGGAAACUUGACUCAGCUAAAUUUUCUGGACUUGUCAUUCAAUAAUUUAAGUGGGCCAGUGCCAACUCUUCUUGCCAAAACAUUCAAUGUUGUAGGAAAUCCAAUGAUAUGUGCAACUGGGAAAGAGCCACAGUGCAAUGGAACUUCACCAUUGCCUCUAUCUUUCUCUCAAAACAAUUCACAAAAUCAACCAACAAGGCCAACCGGUCACCGAAUCGCUUUAGCCUUCGGCUCAAGCCUCGGCUGCAUCGCCCUACUUAUUCUCGGAUUCGGUUUUCUUCUCUGGUGGCGACACAAACACAACCAACAGAUCUUUUUCGACGUUAACGAGCAACACCAUGAAGAAGUGGCCCUAGGAAACCUGAGAAAGUUCCAAUUCAAAGAGCUUCAGACAGCAACACACAAUUUCAGUAGCAAGAACAUUCUCGGAAAAGGCGGCUUCGGAAACGUGUACAAGGGGCAUCUACACGACGGAACAAUUGUGGCGGUGAAGCGCCUCAAAGACGGUAAUAACGUAGGCGGUGACACUCAAUUUCAGACGGAAGUCGAAAUGAUUAGCCUCGCGGUUCACAGAAACCUCCUCCGUCUAUACGGCUCUUGCAUAACUCCAACUGAACGCCUCCUCGUUUAUCCCUACAUGUCCAACGGAAGCGUCGCCUCCCGUCUCAAAGGAAAGCCGCCCCUCGACUGGGGUACGAGAAAAAGGAUAGCAUUGGGAGCGGCAAGGGGUCUCUUAUACCUACACGAGCAAUGCGAUCCAAAGAUCAUCCACAGAGACGUCAAAGCAGCAAAUAUACUCCUCGACGACGACUGCGAAGCAGUUGUCGGAGAUUUCGGACUAGCAAAGCUUCUCGACCACUGCGACUCCCAUGUCACGACAGCUGUCCGUGGGACCGUGGGCCACAUUGCACCCGAGUAUCUAUCCACCGGACAGUCGUCUGAGAAAACAGAUGUUUUCGGAUUCGGAAUUCUUCUGUUGGAACUCAUCACGGGCCAGAGGGCUCUAGAAUUUGGCAAAGGAUCAAAUCAGAAAGGAGCCAUGCUUGACUGGGUGAGGAAAAUUCAUCUAGAGAAGAAGCUUGAGUUGUUGGUGGACAAGGGUUUGAAGAUGAACGGGUACGACGGGAUGGAGGUGGAGGAAACGGUACAGGUGGCGUUGCUCUGCACGCAGUACCUACCGAGCCAUAGGCCGAAGAUGUCUGAAGUUGUACGCAUGCUCGAAGGAGACGGACUUGCGGAAAAAUGGGAGGCUUCGCAGAGAGCGGAGGCGAUGAGGUGUCGGGCUAAUAACGAGUUUUCUUCUUCGGAGAGGUACUCUGAUCUUACAGAUGACUCUUUGUUGUUUGUUCAAGCUAUGGAACUCUCAGGCCCUAGGUGACAUCAUUUUACUUGCUGAUGACGUCAUCAUCAGUCUUUUUUUUUUUUUUAAUAUAUAUUUUAUAGAAAUAUUAUGUUGAGUGAUCUUUAUGUGGUGCAUCUUUAAUUUGAGGUUGGAUUAAUAAUAUUUAUAUGUAGUACAUAGAAGAAAGCAUAAUUUAAUAUU